AUGCCGACAGACGGAAACGGGACGGAAUACAUGGGGACGAUGAAAAAGACUGCGACCGGAAAGAACUGUCUCCGGUGGGAUUCCCAACCAUAUGGAAAGCUGGAUGACUUCAAACCAGACCUAACUUACGAAGGGCAUUUCCUAAGAAACAAUCCCUCGGCGGAACGGAACUUCUGCAGGAACCCGACAUCCAAAGAACGACCAUGGUGCUUCGUCGACGACGCAGCGACGAAAUGGGAAUUCUGCGACAUCCCCCUCUGCCCCAAUCACCCCUAA